AUGCUGAAUAUACUGGAAAAGAACCGAAUACACAAUUAUCUUUUCGAAAGUCCUGACAUAUUAUCGACAACAAAUGAACUCACAAAGCUGUUCUCAGUAUUUCUUCAGCAACAACAAUUAAAGCAUAUCAAUGAAGAAAUGAAACAACAAAGUCAUUGUCAGACAGUUUCUAUGGAAAAUUCACUGGUUUAUAACUUUCUGUAUCGAACAGAAUCUUCAAAUGAUCCUUCAGCAAUAGUCACUCGACAGGUGUAUCAAGGGGAACAGAAAGUUCCUCCAAAAAAGACAAAACAAUUAAAAUUUGGGAUUGACACAAUUCUUGGUGGUACGGAUAGCAAAAAAGAAUCAUCUAAAAAUCUAAAUGAAAUUACUAAUCAUUUAAAAAAGAUUCUUGAACUGAAAACGGAACAAAUGUCAAUGAAGACUGUUAAUCAUAUGACGACAAUGAAUGAGAACAGAUCCGUUUUUACGAAUAUAUCCUCUGAAAAACAUAAACAUCUAUCCAAUAAUACUUCAGUGAAUGUCAUCUUUCCUACAUCUGAAGUGAUUAACCAAUGUCUGCUGUCAGUGUCACAAGAAUCUCAAGAUUCGCAAAUCCAUGAAACUCCUGACUUCAAGAAAUUAGAUCUCAGUUAUUUAUCCAAUGACUCAAAUGUGAACGUUAUGAAAACUUCAUUAACACUUGAUCUAUUAAAAAGUAUUGGUCCAGUCGAAUUUAUAAAUAAUGGAGCUGGGAUUAAAAACCCAUUGGCAUGUAGCACAAAGUUUGAAAGGGAAUGGUUGAAUCGCCUAUAUGCUUCUCAAACAGGCCCAAAUGAAUAUGUCUGUAAAGCAUGCGGAAAACAUUUUCAACUAUUACGUCUUCUAACACGACAUAUAAAAUGCCAUAGUCAACUACACAGAUAUUUAUGCAAAUUUUGCUUCAAAGGAUUCAAUGACACAUUUGACUUGAAACGUCAUACCAGAACUCAUACAGGUGUUCGACCCUAUAGGUGUGCAGAUUGUACAAAAGCUUUUACUCAGCGUUGUUCUUUAGAAGCCCACAGUCGUAAAGUUCAUGGUCGUCCAUUACACUAUGCAUUCAAAGAGCGCAGAGACAAGCUAUAUGUAUGUGAAGAAUGUGGUUUCGGAACAAGAGAUGCUGAGAACUUACGCCAACAUACACAAACAUUACACCUAACAGUUAAACAACCAAUCGAACAAAUCACAAAUACAGAUACAACUACAAGUAUGCUUCAUCUAUUUCCAAAUUAAUAGACAGUAUAAAAUAUUCGUGUAUUACUAAUCAGUCUAUAAAAACACACAGCUGCAACUACAUCCCAAACCAGUUUGAAAGGAACAAGACUAAAUUAUUACAUCGAAGAAUAGUGUAAUUAUUUCUACCCACUUUAUUAAGCAAUGCAUUAUUUCAGUGAAUGCACUACGGUAACCUGAUGUUGAGAGUGUGAAGAUGGGGAGGAGAG